AGCAGCGUCACGUGGGGAUCGAGGCAGGAAGCGUGCUCGUCUGCAGGCCUUUCUGUUUAUUCCCUGCUCUUUGGAGCGGCAAUGGAAAAGUUUGCAAGCCCGGGCAAAGGCAACGGCUUGCGCCUCUUGAAAGCGGUGAAACCGGGCGAGUUGCUGUAUCGUGCGGCGCCCUUCGCUUACAUUGUCAGCAAGAAGCGCCUCGGAGGCGUGUGCGAACAUUGUCUGCGCAGAAAGGAGCAGCUACUCAGGUGUUCUCAAUGCAAAGUUGCAAGAUACUGUGGUGCAAGCUGUCAGAAAGAAGCCUGGCUGGACCAUAAACGGGAAUGCAAAUGUAUUAAAGAUAUUGACCCUAAUUUUCCUCCUGACUCAGUGAGGCUUGUUGGCAGGAUUAUUUUCAAAGUAUUAAGGCAAUCGGUAUGCCCAUCUGAAGAGCUGUAUUCUCUUUCUGAUCUUCAGUCAAAUGUUGAUGAAUUGAGUGAAGACAUGAAAGAGGGUCUUAGGCAUCUUGCUAAGACUUUGCAGCUGUAUUUGAAGGUGGAAAUCCAAGAUGUUUCUCAGCUUUUGCCGGCCUUAGAUAUUUUUCAGAUCUUUGCAAAAGUGACCAGUAACUGUUUCAGCAUAAGCAAUGGAGAAAUGCAAGAUGUUGCUGUUGGACUUUAUCCCAGCAUGUCCUUGUUGAACAACAGUUGUGAUCCUAAUUGUGUGGUCAUCUUUGAGGGUCCCCAACUCCACCUUCGGUCCGUUCGGGAAAUGCAAUUGGGAGAAGAGCUCACCAUCAGUUAUACUGAAACUAUAAUGCCCACUCUGGAACGUCAGCAGAAUCUGAAGCGUCAGUAUUGUUUUGAAUGUGAUUGUGUCAUGUGUUCCACACAAAGCAAGCAGGAUGCUGACAUGUUGGCAGGUGAUGAGCAAGCUUGGAAAGAAGCCAAAGAAGUUAUAAAUGCAGUAGGAGCACCAAAGUCACUUGAAGAAUGGGAGCAAGUUCUGUUGUCCUGUCAGACGUUACUGAAGAGGAACACCUCUCGUCUCCCAGACACCAACAUCUAUCAGCUAAAAUUACUUGACCUUGCCAUGGAUGCCUGCAUAAACCUGGGCCUUUGGGAAGAAGCUCUGCAUUAUGGUAACCGAACUUUGGAGCCCUACAGGUUUUAUUAUCCCGGCUUCCAUCCUUUGAGGGCUAUCCAGAUGAUGAGAGUGGCCAAGUUGCAGUUCCACCAGGACAUGUUCUCUCAGGCCCUUGAAACCCUGAAACAGACUUACGAUCUUAUGAAAGUGACUCAUGGGAUAGAGCACAGCUUCAUGCAGGACCUGAUGAUACUUAAAGAAGAGUGGGAGGCUAGCAUGCUAUUAAAAUAAAGAUAAAGAUGAUGCGCAACCUAGCAGGACAACAAAAAGGAGACUCCGAAGAAAACAAGUAUCUUCCUCAGCCAAACAUAUGGCAGUAAAAUCGUCAUAUAUAUUGAGUAGAUUUCCUUUGAUGUGAACACUGCAAAGAAAAAUAGUCUGAUUGUUUUGUUAUGUAAGCUGCACAUUAUUACUUUUGCUAAUUCUACAAAUGAAAAUUUCCAACAGUCAGUAAUUCCAGCAGGAACUGCUUCCUGCUGAGAAGUGGGUUGAAAAGACACCAGGAAAAUCCAAGCUACAAUUUGGUUGUAAUUGAAAGUAUAGGGAAUCCUAAUUCAUGUAAGUGCAUUAUUAGAUGGGUAUAAAUUAAGAAUCAUACAUCCAAAUACAUCAUACAUCCAAAUUAGAAAUAUUUGAAUUUAGUUUCAUCAGUCUCCUUUUGCCUUAUCCUAAAUUUCUCCCUCUUUUUUGAAGUGUUGUCAUUUCCAGGUAUGCAAUGAUUUGCUUUGUUUAUUUUAGAUGUAUUUUUAUCCCCCUUUUAUUGAUUUUUAUGAAUAAUUCAAGAUGAUAAACAUAGCUAAUAUUUCCUUCUCCUGUUUUCCCACCACAACAACCCUGUUAGGUGGUUGAGAGAGAAUGACUGGAGUCUGGACCAAAGUUACCGAGCUGGUAUUUAUGCCUAAGGCAUGACUAAAACUCAGUUUUCUUGCAUUUCAUAAUCCUUGCAUAUUAGUUGCAUAGCAUGCUUAUUGUUCGAUUAUUAAUCAUGGAAACUACAGAUCCAACCUAGAUGCAAACUUCUAACAGUGUAAUUUGUUAGUGAUUCUGAGUGAUUCUGCCCUGAUGAAUCAGCAUCAGAGAAGGAGGAGAGAGGGAGGAAGGAAGGAAGACAGAUAGAGCAACAGAAUCAAUUUAUUCCCAAAUUAUUUGUAUUUUUCCCAUCUAGUAAUACUGCAGUAAGCCCACAGAUACAAAAGUUCUCUAAAUGUCUAUUAACCAGCAACAAUUGCAGUUCUCUGUAUGUCUCUUACUGAAGACAUUCCAUUAAAUGGUUUUUAUUUGUGAAUAAGUAUGCCUAUAAUUGUGUAGUUAAUUUGUCUUUCCAACACUAAGUGCUCAGUCUUGCAUUCUUGUCCAAUUUGGUCCAUCUUGUCCAACAAAUUUUAUAUUCAUUUAUUUGGGAAAAAAUGGGCUAGUUCUUACCAGAUGGAAGAAAAUACCUACAUGAUUCCCAUUCUGAUCAAUGCUCUUUCUAGAUAUGACUUGAAGCAAAUCUCCAGGAGAGCAGAGAUUCUCAUAACAGAGUUUCUUGUAUUGAACAAUUCUGUGACUGAACUUGACAUUGUACAUGACUAGAAACUGAAUCUUAGAUUCGGAAUAAUGUGCAACACAUCCUGGAAACUACAGUGUAAAAUGAAUGUUCUGAAGGCAGAUCAUUGCUUGUUUUCAAUAAGAACAUUGCUCUGUACUUUCUUCCCCUCCCCUUCCCUUUCUUUCCCCCAUCCAUUUUCUCACUUAAAAUACACACUUCAAAUCUGCCAGACAAAAUCUGCUCACUUAAGUUUCAGUCCUCUGAAAAGAAAGCUGUAGCUCAUUAGUCAAAGACAUGCUUUGCGUGUGGGAGGUCCUAGGUUCAAUUUCCUGGCAUUUCCAGGAGCAUCAGGAAAAAUUCUUGCCAGAAACCCUGUAGAGAUUGUUAGCAUUGAUGUUGCUGAGCAAGAUGGCUCAAGAUUCUCACUCAAGUAUCAG